AUGGUGUACCAGACAAAGAACCCCUACACCGGCGAGGUUGUCAAGACCUUCCCCGACGCGACGGACGCGGAGGUGUCCGAUGCGAUCAGCCAGGCGCACAAGUCGUUCCUCGCGUGGCGCGAGACGAGCUUCAGCCACCGCGGCUCGAUCCUGCAGAAGGCCGCGGACCUGCUGCGCUCGCAGAGCGAUGAGCUGGCCGCGCUGCUGACGCUGGAGAUGGGCAAGCUGCUGAGCGAGGCCAAGGCUGAGGUGGAGCUGUGCGCUGGCAUGCUGGAGACGGCGCGCGCAGGUGGUGCACGAGCCGCUUGGCGUGCUGCUGUGCGUGGAGCCGUGGAACUUCCCGUACUACCAGAUUGUCCGCAUCAUCGCGCCGCAGCUGGCGGCCGGCAACACGAUGCUGCUGAAGCACGCGUCGAACGUUCCGCAGUGCGCCGCGCGGAUGGAGAAGCUGAUGCUGGACGCGGGGCUGCCUGCGGCUGCUUCAAGAACCUGUACGCGACGCGCGAGCAGGUGAACACGAUCAUUGCCGACCCGCGCGUGCACGGCGUGGCGCUGACGGGGUCCGAAGGCGCCGGUAUUGUUGUGGCCGUUGAGGCCGCGAAGGCGGUGAAGAAGUCGACGAUGGAGCUUGGCGGCGCGGACGCGUUCAUCGUGUUGAAGGACGCGGACCUGGAGAAGGCCGUGAAGUGGGGCGUGAUCGGCCGCCACUGGAACGCGGGCCAGGUGUGCGUCUCGUCCAAGCGCAUGAUCAUCGCCGACGAGAUCUUCGACGACUACCUGAAGCUGUACACGGCGGGUGUGGAGGCGCUGAAGUGCGGUGACCCGAUGGACCCCUCGACGACGCUGGCCCCGCUCUCCUCGCAGGGCGCCGCGGACGAGCUGAAGGAGCAGAUCAAGCUUGCCGUCGCACACGGCGCGAGGGCGAUCGAGGUUGGCCCCAAGGUGCCCGCGAAGGGUGCGUUCCUGCAGCCGACGAUUCUGCUGGACGUGACGCCGCAGAACCCCGCGUACCGCAUGGAGUUCUUUGGCCCCGUCUCGAUGCUGCUGCGCUUCAAGACGGAGGAGGAGGCGAUCCACAUUGCGAACGACUCGCCGUACGGACUUGGCGGCUCCGUGUUCACCAAGGAUGAGAAGCGCGGGCAGGAGAUUGCCAGCAAGAUCGAGACCGGCAUGGUCUUCGUGAACCACCCCACCCGG